UCAGCUUCACUGCCCAUUGUUGUAAACGUCAGAGCAAAAGGCGGUGCAUUGUGGGAGACGAGGAGGAAGGCGCUGAACUGGGCCUGCUCUGGAGCUUUGGGAUCCGUUUUGUCUGUUGCGCCGCACACCUAGGCACGGUGCAUGCUGGGUAAAACCGACUUCCUGGUCACAUGGGCGGGCGGAGCCAGUUACCUGCGCCGUAGCGUAGACUAUGAAACAUGAAGCCCCCCUCGCGCCAGCGUUCUGCGCCAGUCAGGUACGAAAUCCAAGGCAUCCAUCUGAGACGGACCGGUCCCUACCGCCUGGCGUGGACGUUCAAAGAGAAACAUGAGUUACUAAAGGGGCUGAAAGCGCAGAAGGAUAAAAAGGAGGCCGAGAUACCCGUCCAGGGGCGGAGCCAGACAGAGGUUGCUUCUUACAUCUCGUGGCUGCGAGGCCGCGCUGCUCGGGAAGCCAUACAGACGGAAUAUGAGCGCUGGGUGCACAAGAGGAGAUCCACGUGUAAUCAAAGCCCGGCCCCUAUAGAUCUGUGGACGGAUAUGGCGCGCACCGUGUCAGAACCUGCAGAAGAAGCUUUAACGGCAGCUUUCUCCCAGAUGCUGACUAUCGCAGCCACAGAGCCCAUCAGCUUAAAACACUCGAUCCCUAGUAGGUUUCCCGACGGCAAAACACAGUCCGCCUCUCACAAUGACCCGCAAAAAUCCCAUGGAUCGGUAGAAAAUAGUCAAAGAAAGGAACCUCUAGCAGAGGCACCCGGACUCUCAGCAUCUCAGCCCUCGCCGCCACUGGAUGAUGCCGAAGACCAAUGGACAGGGCUGGACUAUGAGAAGAUUUACAAGUACCUAUCGAAAGCUGCCAAAGGGGAAGAGCUGCCCAAACUCUCCAAAGUGGAAUCUGCUGUGCUGCUCUGUCUCCUUCACGCGCUCCCUGACCAAGUACAGAUGCUUGAUUGGCAGCCUCUCGCAUCAUUCCUCCGCCAAGCCUACUCAAGCCUCAACUCCAUGGCACAAUCCUCGGACUCUGUGACGCAGGAGAAUACAGGCGAUGGCCACGCUUCUCCAGAGGAUUCAGUGGAUGACCAGCUUUGUUCAGUGGGCAACCAGUCCAAUCAGACUGCACCACCAAGUGCUAAGGACAACUCAGUAGGUGACCAUUCCACCCAAAAUGCAGCGGGAGAUAAGGACAAUCUAUCAUGUGACCCACCAACUCAGAAGGCUGCUUUGGGUGACCAACAUGCUCCGGAAAAUCCAUUGCGGACCACUCAGGAGAAUCCUCUGGGUGAAAAAUCCACGGUGAGGGACCUUUCUGCUUCGAAUAACACAGUGACGAAUCCACCGAAUCAGAACACAGCCGAGGACCAACCCGGUCCGAACUGGAAGGAGUUAAAGUUCUGUCCCUUAAACCCUUUUAUGAUCCCUUUGAACCUCCUGAAGCAGAAAGAGACGGAGUGCUAGCUCACACAGCCAUUUUUCUGCCCACGUUUUCACCUCGCUUCAAUAUGUUCACGCAGCCAAUAGGAAAUGAGAGGGGACAUUGCCCGCCCAAAUGACUGCUCUUUACGUGUAUUUCUUUUAUGUUCCCACAGGUACUGUACGGAACGCGUCGCACUUCUAUGUUCCGCAGAGUUAAUUAAAUGCAAUGGAACCCA